UAGUGUGUGGGGAAUUCAUUAGCGUAGGCUAACGUAUUGUUUAUUUUCCAGGUCCUGAAGACUGGUUUUUCACAGGUUGAGAAACAGUGAGGAGGAAACAAACCUGUGAUGAGCCCCCUGAAUUCAACCUUCUUUAUUAACGCCACUAUUGUGCGUCCUGAGUUUUUUUUCAUAAGUGGUUUUUCCGGUAUUCCCCACACAAAAUACUACUAUGUGUUCUUGUGCUUUGUUUAUGCUCUGUCUCUAGUGGGAAACACUUUUGUCAUGUUUGUGAUUUACACUGACCACUGUCUUCACAGUCCAAAAUACAUUGCAGUGUUUAAUUUGGCUGUGACUGACUUAUGUGUAAGCACAGCCCUCGUUCCUCCAUUGAUUGACACCUUCCUGUUUAAAUCACAGUUAAUCUCCUACGAGGCCUGCUUGACUAACCUUUUUUUUGUUUUUUGGUUUUCCACCAUGCAAUCUUUCACUCUCACUGUUAUGUCCUAUGACAGAUGUGUCGCUAUAUGUUUUCCACUGAGAUACAAUGAAAUUGUGACUAACAAGUCGAUGUUGAUUAUCACAACCACAGCAUGGGGUUUUGCUGCUCUAAGUGUACUCAUCGCCAUUGGUUUCAUCACCAGACUGUCCUUCUGCAAAUCCGUUGUGAUAAACAGCUAUUUCUGUGAUCACGGACCCAUUUUCAGGUUGGCGUGCAAUGACAACACACCAAGUUAUCUGAUGAGUUGGACACAUCCUGUUGUGAUUCUCUGGUGUCCAGUACUUUUUAUCACAGGCACCUACAUUUGCAUAGCCAGAGCGUUAUUUAAAAUUGCUGCAGCCUCAGAUCGCCUCAAAGCCAUGCAAACCUGCACCUCUCAUUUGAUAUUAGUGGGUGUGUUCUAUCUUCCAAUAUGUGUCACCUUUGCACUGGGAUCCCUCAUUCACCAGAACGCCAGGAUUAUUAAUACUUCUCUGGCGAUGGUCUUGCCACCGAUGCUGAAUCCAAUGAUUUACUCACUGAAGACGGAAGAAUUCACGGAAUCCAUUAAAAAGUUCUACAGAAGAAACAAGAUCCACAUCACUGUUAGGAAAAAAUGA